ACAUUGCCGACACACUGUAGCAGAGCAAAUUUUGCAGCGUGAAGGACGUUUAGUCGUUUAUCCCACAGUUGUGUUGUGUAUUUACGACUGAUAAGUAUAGUUUAUUUGAAUAAUGAGCAACCUCCCAGAUGAUAUUAAUGAGUUAAUUGAAAACUCUUUAGGGGAAAAACUAGAUAAUUUUGAAGUUAGUGUGCACGGUACCAAUGAAAAAGGAGAAGGAUUUGUUGGAGAAAUACUUUUCUUGUCUCUAAAACAUAAAAUAUCCGGUAAAGAAGAUCACUUGGUUGUGAAAAUAGUAUUGGUAAGUGAAGUCGAGACCACGAUAGACUUUUUGUCGUCUUCAUAUUUGAACGAGAUUUAUUUUUACACAGAACUAUGGCCAGCGUUGCAGGCAUUUCAACGCAAGUUUCCCAAAGUGAUACCGUUGGAUAUUGUAGCUCAUUGUUAUGGAGACUGUAGGGAAAAAGGUAAAGAAAAGAUUGUUCUAGAUAAUUUAAAAUAUAAGAACUAUGAUGUUCAUCCGAAAACAGUGCCUGUUUCAACAGAAUUAUACACAAAAACGUUUGAGUUAUAUGGUAGAUACCAUGCCCUUUCUUUCGCAUAUAAACAUCAUGAGAAGGACGAAUUUCAAAGAUUAGCAAAACCUUUGGCCAACAACUGGGAAGGAUUUUUAGGUCUAGAAAUGAUUAAGAAAGAAAUUCAUGACGAUUUUUUUAUGAUGGAGGAAAUUUUAAGGCGGAAUAACGAAAACGAUGUUAUAAGGAAAAUUCAACCCUAUAUUAAAAAUGGUGUCGAAAUUUUCAGGCGUAGUCUUCAUUAUGAAGGACCGAAUUCCGUUAUUGUACAUGGAGAUAGCUGGAGCAACAAUAUGAUGUUGAAAUAUAAUGAUUCAAAAGAACUGGAAGAUAUCAAGUUAAUUGACUAUCAGAUGGCCACAUUAGGAACUCCGGUAUACGACCUUACAUACGCAUUUUAUUCUGGAGCAGACCAAGAAACCUUAAAAAAUUGGGAGCAUUUUUUGAAAAUAUAUUAUAAUAGUCUAUCAAAAUCCCUAAAAGAUUACGACCUUGACGUAGAGAACAUUUAUCCUUAUGAGAUACUCAAAAAGGAAUGGAAGGAGAAUAUUCAGUUUGGUUUUCUAAUGAGCCUUAUGAUUUGGGGUAGUAAAUAUCUUGAUAUAGGUGAUGUUUCAAACUUGGCAGUUACAGGUGUAGAAACAAAUAUGGAUCUGGAGACCUGGGCUUACUCAAAUGCAAAUUAUGUUCAAGCUAUUUUAAAUCUAGCGAGACAUUUUAGUGAAAAUGAUUUCUUUGUUACAUCAUAGUACAGUGCAAGUUGUAAAUUCAUGUAAAUAUCAGAGGUCUUCAAAAUUUCACCACAAGCAAGGACGUAAAUUAACAAUUUUUCAAAUCGGAUAAUCUAUGUAUACACCGUAGUUAUAGCAAAAGCUAAUACUUUUCUUCGUCUUCCUCUUCUUCUUUUAUAUAAUUUUGCUUGUUCAUUGGCGGGUUGUUACAUCCAUAAAAGAUUGUCACUCACAUUUUUACGUGGUCGGCCGAUGCUUCUUCUAGCCCUUGGUGAUUUGUCCCUUGCUGUUUUAACGAUUCUUGUAUUCGCCAUUCUACUGAUGUGAUUGUUAUAUUUUCGGGUAUGGUAGUCUUUCUGGUCUCGUUUUGUCAGUUGCUCGAGGUAAUGCUUUCGAGCUUUUUUACAAAUUAUGGAAUCGUUAUUGCAACUUGGAUAUUCUUCUCCUUUUGGCAUCAUAACCUUGGAUUACCUUUACCUGUCUGGUUAUGUCUUGCAAUUUGGACCUCUCUUACACCCUUCUCCUCAUUCUCUUACAUUCAUAGUUUUCAGGUCGUCUUCCAUCCAUCUCGUUCUGUGUCUUCCUUGUUUUUGUCUUUCUAUCGACUUCCUUGGUACCAUUUUCUAUUGUUUCUGUAUCCUCUUUUCUCUGAAAAUGUCGCAGCCAUGACAGUCUUUGACUUUUCAUAAAUUUACAAUAUCAUACUCUUCGCCUAAUUCAUUAAUUUCGUCUUUUCUCGCGAUUCUCUAUAUGCCGUCGUUAAAAUUCUUGGAGACAUAUUUUAAGAUUGAAUCCAAUUCAUUUUGUGUUAAAUCAUAAUGAAAUCUUAGUUAAUAAGCAUAUGAUCUUUGGAAAUAUUCAAGGAAUUCUUUGGUCCAACCUUUAAAAUCUUCAGAUGUCUUCACGUGGCGUCGUCUCUUAGAUUCUGAGUUGUAUUAAUCUAAAGCUAUUUUCUAGAGAAAUCAGCUAUACAGGUACAUGAAGUGGUGGCAGUGCUACUAUUAAUUAUAGAAUUGAAAAAGACUGUAUGACUUGUAAACACUUCUAAGUAGGUCAAACAGGUGUAUGUUCUCAAAAAAAUUGAAAGUGUGUAUAAUUUUUUUGAUUAAUCAGCUAAGUAUUUUCAACACGUUACGUGCCAUCAUCAGAGCUUCGUCCUAUUAUAAAUCCUCCAUAGAAGAGCAAUUGCCAAACAACACAUUAAAAAACAUAAAUACUGGGCAAAGCCACGGAUCUCGGGUAUAAAAACCCCUUAAGGUGAUACAGUAGCGAUCAACAGGUAGCCAAAACGCGUUCCAAGAUUGCGGCUGUAAUUUUGAAUAUUUUUUCGAGAUAUUUGGCACACGUAUUCAUAAUGUAAUAAAGAAGGGCGGUACAGAGCCCAAUUUGAAAAAUAUAUUAAUAUGUGGAAAUUACUUUGUAAUUAAAUAAAAUAUUAAAAAAACGAGCCUGUACCGCCAUUAAGAAGAACAAAAAAAUACACUUUCUUCAAAUAAACUUUUUUAUCCGAUGCCUAGAUUUUGUGUCAUUUUGGAACUACUAAUGAAAUAAAAAAUUUUAGUAGUUCCAAAAUGACACAAAAUCUAGGCAUCGGAUAAAAAAUUUAUUUGAAGAUUGUGUAUUUUUUUGUUCUUCUUAAUGGCGGUACAGGCUCGUUUUUUUAAUAUUGUAUUUAAUUACAGAGUAAUUUCCACAUAUUAAUAUAUUUUUCAAAUUGGGCUCUGUACCGCCAUUCUUUAUUAUAUUACGAAUACGUGUGCCAAAUAUCUCGAAAAAAUAUUCAAAAUUACAGCCGCAAUCUUGGAACGCGUUUUGGCUACCUGUUGAUCGCUACUGUUUCCUCUUAAAAUUAAUAAAUUCACAUCUAAAUUCAAUCUUAAUAGCCGAGAACGAAGAUGACUUACAACGCCUACUGCAAAAAUUCAAAAUAACCGCCGAAAAGUAUAACCUGACACUAUUCAAAGAGAAAAUCCAAUCGAUGGUAAUAUCCAGGAACCCAAUUAGAUGUAAGUUAGUAGUGGACGACCAUAUAAUCGAACAGGUAAUGGAUUGCAGAUACUUAGGUGUGGAAGUAUCUAGCGACAGGCAUCUGUGGCAAGAAUCAAAACAGCAGGCAAUGAAAGCAGCGAGAAUAUCUGGUUUCCUGAGGGAUAUAAUCUGGCGGAAUAAAUAUAUGAGCACCGAAAGCAAAGUCCGCAUUUAUAAGACAUGUGUUAGACCCGUACUGACAUACGCAGCUGAGACAAGGGCCGAGACAACAAAGACCAAACAGAUAAUGAGAACAGAGAUGAAAACCCUAAGAUCCAUAAGAGGUAUCACACUCAGAGAUAGAGUACGAAACGAAGACACAUUGAGAGAGCUAGGCGUUCAGGACGUAGUGAGAUGGACAAGAGCGCGACGACGCAUGUGGAGGGACCACGUAGAUCGGAUGGACCCUGAACGUAUGGCGCAUUGGGCGAAAACACAGAAGCCCAACACCAAGCGACCCAUAGGAAGACCCAAAAAACGAUGGUACGAGAGUUGGAGCUCCGGAUCGCAGCAAAGACUGUAACAGAAGAAACAGGACAUAGUCCUAUUACAAGAAGAAGAAGAAGAAGACAUCUAAAUUCUUUCUAUUUUAAAAAAGACAACAUGGCUGCGUCAAACCGUUAUGAGUUCACGUGAACAGCUAUUAAUUGUUUACAUUUUUUGAAACAAUUAUGUCUUUUGGCUUUCGAAGCUUUGUUUUUCUUGAGAUUUCAUUGAGGUAUGACAUAUUUUAUGCUUCUUGUAUAUUUUUGAGUAAGUUAGUCAAAUAAUACUUCCUUGCAAAAUUUUUUAGUCGAAAUAAAGACGGAAAUGACAUGUUUUGUUGUAACCUUUUAUUAAAGUACUAAGUACCUAGGUACACAUAAUUAUGCAAUAUAAGAAAAAUAUAGAGAGCAAAACAAUUUUUUAGCUCUAACAAUUUUGGUACUGUUUGUUUUGGCUGAUAUCGUAUAACUGACAUAAAAAUGAUUAAUUUGUUACAUCAAAAAUAAUUGAUUAAUAAUUAUCGCAAUUACAAUGUAAAGCUUAUCAUCAAAAAUAAUUAUGAUCACUAUUUAAUUGGCAACCAAUUAAAAUAUAUAUAUAAGAAUA